AUGGUAGAUGCAAAAGAUAAACACUCCUUUUUUGAAGAAAAACCCACAAGCCCCAGAACUGCAACGCUAGAAGCUCAAGAUGGCGACAGAAGCAGUGAUGACAGGGAUCUGUCUAAGUCAGAGAGACAAGAAUUAAAAUCAAUGGACCUGGAAGAUAGAUCCUGCCGACAGAACCUCAGCUUUUGGGUGAUCCGGGAAGAG